AUGAGUUGGAGACGAGGGCCCAGAAUUUUGUUACCGUUUGGAUUGGAUUACGCUGAUGUGGAGCAGACUGCUGAAGGUGAGAAGCUUAAAUUUGUGUUACCGAUCAACGGGAAGCCAACUGCACUUGAAGAUGAGUGUUCGAAACAGUUUUUAAAUUUCACAGAUUUGAUGAAAAAUGGGGUAUUCUAUACUGGAACAUUGGAGAGCUUAAAGGUUUCAUCAAAAAAAAGACAUGUCACUUAUUAUGAAGGUGGCGUGAAUGACGGUCUUUCCAGAUACUCAGAUCGAUUCAGGAAGAAAAUUAAAAUAGGAAGAUCCAUUAACGAACAUCCGUUUAUAUUGGAUAUUUUUCCACAAGAACUACGUUCUGUUAUGACUAGAGGUGACAAAAAGCAUGGAUCACUACAGUUGACAUCGUAUUCAAAAGACAGCAAAAAGAACAUUAAGAAACUCAUUGAGAAAACGAAGGAGGAAAAAAGAAAUGAAAUUCAAGAACGUCUUAAUAAUGUUGAAGGUAACGACUCAGAGGUUGAGAAACACUCGGAGGAGGAGGAUGAUGAUGAACAAUUUGAGGAUGAUUAUGAUGAUGAUUAUAAUGCCGAAAGAUACUUUGAAGAUGGUGAUGAUCUAGGAGGUGAAGAAGAAGAUGCUGGGGAUGAUGAAGCGGCCUUCUAA